AUGGCAAGCAUAUUCUCGGUCGGUGUCCGAGAGUAUGUGAAGGACUACAUUAGGCAAAACGGGCUGCUGACGCUCUCGGUUCUAGCCGUGAUCACAGGAUGCGUCCUGGGCUUCAUGCUGAGGGGUCUGGGCCUCUCCACACAGGCAAAAAUCUAUUUCUCCUUCCCUGGUGAGCUGCUCAUGCGGAUACUUAAAAUGUUGAUUCUUCCCCUAAUCACCUCCAGUUUAAUGUCUGGACUGUCGUCUAUGGAGUCGAAGGCCUGCUGCAGGAUGGGGGUGCUGACGGUCACUUACUACCUUUGGACCACGUUCAUCGCAGUAGUGGUCGGCAUUGUACUCGUUCUCAUCAUCAAACCUGGCUAUGGGGCACAAUUGGAGAACAGCAGACUGGGAGGUGGACAAGUCAUAACGUCUGCAGAUGCCCUGCUGGAUCUGGUCAGGAAUAUGAUCCCCUCCAAUCUCAUUGAAGCCACAUUUCAGCAGUACAAGACAGACAUUAUUCCAAUCAUAAAAACACCAGUGAACACAGGACGCCAAAAUUAUGUCUACCUGAUGCCUGAUGAAGACAAUCCAAAGGGUCAGACGGUGCAGUUGGAACUAACGCCACCUCCAGACAUCGAGCACAAGACCCGUCCAGGCAGCAGCCAACAGAUGAACGUACUCGGCAUUGUUAUUUUCUCAGCCACAAUGGGUCUCUUACUUGGUAAAAUGGGCGAACGGGGAGCUCCUCUGGUGAACGUUUGCCAGUGCAUCAAUGAGUGUGUGAUGAAGAUUAUUAAUGCGGCCGUAUGGUAUUUUCCUUUUGGGAUCAUCUUCCUUGUGGCAGGCAAAAUCCUGGACAUGAGUGAUCCCUCCACACUUGGGAAGAAGCUGGGCUGGUACGGGAUGACGGUUAUGGCAGGCCUGUUUGUGCACGGCCUGAUUUUGCUUCCAUUCUUCUAUUUCAUUCUGACACGGAAAAACCCUUUCACAUACAUCAGAGGGCUUCUGCAAGCCAUGGUCAUUGCUCUCGCCACAUCCUCCAGUUCAGCGACGUUGCCCAUUACAAUGAAAUGUUUGCUGGAGAACUGCCGAGUGGACAGACAGAUUGCCCGGUUUGUGCUGCCAGUGGGAGCCACCAUUAACAUGGAUGGAACGGCGCUGUAUGAAGCAGUCGCUGCUAUUUUCAUUGCCCAGGUCAAUGAGUACGAACUGGAUUUCGGACAGUUGGUCACCAUCAGCAUAACAGCAACCGCUGCCAGCAUAGGUGCGGCUGGAAUCCCUCAGGCAGGCCUUGUGACUAUGGUGAUAGUGCUGACAUCCGUCGGAUUGCCAGCGGAUGACAUCACGCUGAUUGUGGCCAUUGAUUGGAUCUUAGAUCGCUUUCGAACCAUGAUCAAUGUACUAGGAGACGCUCUGGCAGCUGGAAUCAUUGGUCACUUGUGUCAAAAAGACUUCCCACCUGACAGAGCGGUAACAAAUGGAGCUGGACAGGACAGCCAGACGGCUCAAAACAUGGAGAAUGUGCCUUUAACUGAAGUACCGCUGCUAGCCGGGAAAGACUGUAUAUUCGAGGUGGUUGGGGACACAGUUUUUGAACGACCCACAGUCUACUACAAUAUAUGUCAGGUCUGAAUCACCAGACGAUUGCCUUACAUCCACGAACCUCAUUUCUACCACUGUGCCAUAAAGAAGUACUGAACGAACACUUUCUCUGGUCCUUCCGUCUCCACUUUUUAAAACUGAUUAAUAUUGGCUGUUUUGUACAGCUGAAUACAUUUAGGCAGCGUUCCUUUCCCUAUUCGAGGGAAAUUCUUCUAUUUACAAGGACAGGCCAAACAUGUUAUUUAUUUAUUUUCCCUCUGCUUUUGUUGCCUCUGUUGCUGGAGGUACAGCAGUUAUUGCAUGCUGGCAUGCAUUCAGGAAUUUUAUCAUUCAGGUUCAGGCUGAUGUUACGGUCAAAACAUGAUCUAGAUAUGCAGUGACAUCAUUCAACAACUUCCUAAAGGUAACAGGGAAGGAAACUGAGCAAUGUUUUAAAAUGCACAGUCAAAAGCCAAUUAUCUGGCAUCACGCGCAACAACACGGGUGACUGAUUUGCAAAUAUUUCUUUUUUUUUUUUUACAUCUGCAUUAUUGAUUUUUUGUGUAAUGAACUUGCAAUAUAUUUGUAAUAAAAAAAAAUACAAAAUACAAAAAUGUCUAAUGUGCAGUGAUGUUAUGAGAAAUGCCAUGCACGUGAGGACAGAUGGUUAACAUCGGAUUUGGUUUCGAAGAAAACAAGCAGAGCUUACGCCUGAUUAGAUAGAGCUGCUUGCUUCAGGUUUAAGAGCUCAGGAUGAUCAGCCCAAAGAACAUUAAUGACAAAUUAGCUAUUCAGAGGUUAUGACCACCGAAACUAAUUCAGUGGGGAGAAAACAGACGCAUGACCAUGUUCUAAAGCACAGCUGACCCAAUUAUUACAGCCUUUAGGCCUAAUUACAUUCAACGUGCAACAUACUUUUUGUAUCAAAUCUUUUUAGCUUCUGAUCACACUGCAAAAAGUGAUGUUCAUGC